AUGACAAUAGGAUUUAUUGGGUCUGUUCAUAGUGGAAUAGAAGCUGGUGGAGUGAUUGCAUUGAGGAUAUUAGUAGGGGUGAUUAAAUUCAAGCAAAGAAGUGAAGACCUAAUUCAACAUCGCGAAGAUGCAGACAAUGAAUUUAAAAAUUGUAUUAACAACGAUGGUGAUGGCAACAAUUCAAGGGAAAAUGCUACUCCUAUUAGUCCACCAAAUGUAGUUGCACCUUCCUUCAAGAAGAAAAGAGGAGGAUGGAAAUCGAUACAAACAUUUAUCGAUACUCGUGUAAUUGAUAUAUAUAUUUUUUUGUAUGCAGCAAACCAAGCAUUAGCAACACUAGCAUUCUUUGGGGUUGGUGUGAACUUGGUAUUGUUCUUAACAAGAGUACUACGACAAGAGAAUGCUGUUGCUGCCAAUAAUGUUAGUGUGUGGACUGGCACUGUUUACUUAUUCUCACUUGUUGGAGCCUUUCUUAGUGACUCGUAUUGGGGUCGUUUCCUCACUUGCACGGUUUUUCAACUAAUUCUUCUCUUGGGGUUGGUGCUACUUUCAUUGACAUCAUGGCUAUUCUUGUUGGAUCCAAAAGGUUGUGGUGAUGGUAAAUUGGUGUGUCAUGAAACAUCCGUAAUUGGUGAAAUAAUAUUCUACAUAUCAAUUUAUAUGGUUGCAUUGGGGUACGGAGGACAUCAACCAACAUGUGCAACAUUUGGGGCAGACCAAUUUGAUGACUCUGACCCAAAAGGAGAAUCUUCUAAAGCAGCAUUCUUUUGCUAUUUCUAUUUUGCACUAAAUUGUGGCUCAUUGUUUUCCAAUACUGUUUUGGUGUAUUAUGAGGAUAAUGGGUAUUGGACUCUUGGAUUUUGGGUAUCAUUUGCUGCUGCUCUUUUGGGAGUAAUUCUUUUCGUGGUCGGAACACCAGGCUAUCGGUUCAUUAAAGCGUGCGGCAACCCUUUGCCGCGCGUUGCUCAAGUGUUUGUUGCUGCCUAUAGGAAGUGUAAUAUCAAAGUUUCUAAUCCAAAUGAGCUCUAUGAAGUUGGAGGUUCUGAGUCCGCCAUCAAAGGAACCAGGAAGAUUGUUCACUCUGAAUAUUUUGGGUUUUUAGAUAAGGCGGCAAUAAUAACUCGUGAAGAUACAUCCGAACCAAAAAACGCAUGGCACAUUUGUACGGUCACACAAGUUGAGGAAGCAAAAUGUGUCCUGAAACUCCUCCCUCUUUGGCUUUGCACCAUCAUCUACUCAGUUAUCUUCACUCAAAUGGCUUCCCUCUUUGUCGAGCAAGGCGAUGUGAUGGACACAAAAAUAGGCAAUUUCCACCUCCCAGCAGCAAGCAUGUCUGUAUUCGACAUUUGUAGCGUUCUCAUUUGUACAGGCAUAUAUCGCCAUAUCCUCGUCCCCGUAUUCGGAAAAUUAAGUGGGAACCCCAAAGGAUUGACUGAGCUCCAAAGAAUGGGAGUCGGACUAAUCAUUGGUAUGCUAGCUAUGGUAGCUGCUGGAGUCACGGAAAUCGAGCGUCUUAAGAGAGUUGUACCUCAUCAGGAAAAGAGCACUUUGAGCGUGUUAUGGCAAAUCCCACAAUAUGUUCUUGUGGGUGCCUCGGAAGUUUUUAUGUAUGUCGGCCAACUCGAGUUCUUUAACGGACAAGCUCCUGAUGGGAUCAAAUCUUUUGGAAGCUCGCUUUGCAUGGCUUCCAUGUCUUUUGGAAAUUAUGUUAGUAGCCUGUUAGUUCACAUGGUAAUGCUAAUCACUGCGAGAGGUGGCAGUCCCGGUUGGAUACCCUCCAAUUUUAAUCACGGUCAUGUCGAAAGGUUUUAUUUCCUUAUUAUGACGCUUACGGCUAUUGAUGCUGUCAUAUAUGUGCUGUUUGCUAAGUGGUACAAACCUGCUACUUUCUUAGAAGCUAGCCAUAGAUUGGAACGUCAGACUACAUUUGAUGGGGAGGAUCAAGUAGAUGAAGAUCAAGCGGUUCAAAGAGUAUGAACGUAAAUUAAGUAAGCUAGUUGUUAGAUUUAAUUCCAAUAACAUUAUGGUUUGCUUUCUACUCUCAAUAAGGGUUUUAAUUUGUUCGGUUGUGUAGACUAGUUUUUUUAUUUUUGAAAGUUUGAUACAUUUUGCUAGCAUAUCGAAUAAUAAUGUAAAUAUAAUAGAUUAUUUGAAUUCUCCUAAAUAUUUUGUUUCAUGUUUUAUUUUAACUUUGUUGCUAAUUUGCUUUAUUGAUAAUCACCUAAUUUGUAUCAAGAUUAGACUUUAGAGAGAUUAAAGUAUGUAAAAUGUUAUUUGAUUAAGGAAUGACAUAAUAAAAACAAAGUAUUUUAAGUGCGAUGAAUAUUAAGUCUUGAAUUAGGAUAUACUAUGUAUAAAACUCAUGAUUUCAGAGACAACAGAAAAAAAAAUCAAUUAGUUAAUCUACCAAUUGCUUGUGUGAUUCAUCUCAAUCACCUCCUCAAAAUGCUAAAGACAAGUAAAAUUAUCGAUUAGAUGAAUAUAAUAUAUUAUUUACAACCCCAUCACUUGUUUUUUUUUUCAAACAUUGA